AUGAUUACCUCAAAUUUUGGUGCCAAGCGAACUUCAGGCUUUGUAGAUUCUCCCACACGCGAUAAAAGGCUUAAAACCAUAGCGUGCGAUGGAUGCAGAAGAAGAAAGGUUAAAUGUGAUGGAGAUGGAUACAAUCAUACACCUUGUAAAUAUUGUACUUCAGUCGGUCUAGAAUGCACAUAUGGAAAAAAUACUGGCCGUACAAAUACAAAUCAAUCACAGAUAGCAUUGUCUCGUCAACGAAGAGGUUCUAAUCAAAAUACGAAAACAACUAAAAAAGCUACUUCUUCUUCAACCACUAUUGUUACAACUUCGAAUACAAACAUACAAAAAUCUGCAUCAUAUAAUGGUUAUCACAAAACUUCACUUUCCGGUGAUUCUAAAAUUAGUAAUAAAGAUCGAAGAUAUGGAACACCCACUCUCUCUGGGCUCUCUGAUGAAAUCAUGCUUACUAUUUUCAAGCACAUUCGCUUUCCAAUUAGCUUAUUAAUGGUUAGCAAGAAUUGGCAUGAAUUAUCCAAGAAUCAUGAUGUGAGGGCGAGUUGGAUGAUUUUUCAAUUUGGUAAAGCACGUGCGCUUUUUUAUGCAAUUCGCUUUGGGCCAAAUUUUAUAAAUGUUCCUACCAUUAAUAUGAUCAUUGAGAAAGGAGGAAUGGUUUCAAGGUACUUAGUCCAGAAGCUCUUGCUUUUAUUCGGAACAUAUGACCAAAAAUUAAUAGAAACAAAGAUAGAGUAUAGUGUGGGAAAUAAAGAUAUUGAACAAAUUCGAAAGGUGCAAAAAAAAAGUGCUUUGCCCUGGGGCAGUAAUAUUCCUCUUAACGUCUUUACUUAUAUUCUACUCGAAGCGUCAAAACAAUUAAAUCCAUUCAAUAAACCCGAGCCUUAUAUCGAUCUAGCUAUUAAAGGUAACGAUGAGGAAUCUUUCCAUUUUCAAAGCGAUGGGCCGCAUGCAAUUAAUCAAGCUAGACAAAAACUCGAAGAAAAUUUACAAUCUAUCAAAGAGCUGAUCUUAAAAUGGAAGUUCAUUCCUUUCCCCCCAAGGUCUAAGAAUAAGCAGAGUGAUGACAAAAUUAUAGAAGAAUAUCCCACUAAAGGCAAACCAAAAGAGCCUAAAAUUGGUGCGAGUGGUGUUAUUGAAAGGGAUAAGUUACAAAUUGAUUUUGAUAUAUUAGAAAGUGAAGAGUCAUCUGAACUAGUAUCUGAAGAUUCCCAAUCAACUAUUAUUUCUGAAAUUAGUAAUGAAACAGUAGAAUUGGAACUUGAUAAAAUAUAUUUUGAAGAAUCACAAGAGUUGGAUAAUGAUAUAGAAAGAAUAUAUGAAAUCAAUAAUAAUAUAGAUGAAAUACAAGAAAUCAAUAGCAAUAUAAGUGAUAUAGACAAUAUAGAUGACAAUAUAAGUGAUGUAUGCAAUAUAAGUGAUGAAAUUAAUCUUGAAUUUCAUACAAAAAGACAAGAAUCCAAUAAUGAAAUAGAGAAAAUUCAAGAAAUCGAUAACAAUAUAGAUAGUGAAUUAAAUUAUUUCAAUAUAAUACAAGAGAUUCAUACUGAUUUAUAUGAUUCCAAAAUUGGAAGUUGCUCUAAAACUAUACUAGCUUCAGAAAUUAUUGAAAUUAUUGAUUCAGAUAAUGAUCUUUAUGAAAACUAA